AUGAGGGGAUUGAUUCGAGAAGUAAUAUAUGCAGAAGAUGAAGCAACGUAUAAUGUUAGAUACGAAACAUACUCCGAAAUUGUUAAUCAUUUAAAUAAGAAUGAAUUGGUUGAUCCUCUUGAUAUGGAAAAAUGGAUCAAUCUUGGCAAAGAGGAAUUCAAAUCCAAAAUCGCACGAUUUAAGAGAGAUGUCAAAAUCAUGCCUAGCAAUCAUGCGGAAGGUAAUCACGGGAGCUUGAAUACCAAAAUGAAGGAGAUUUCAAGCAAAAACAAACUUUUGAAGUUCCAAACAAUGAUUGAACAUAUAAUGUCGAGAUUUAAUCAAAUUGAUGAUCCAAAAAAUGAUAAUGUAAUGAAACUUUAUAGAAAAUUGAAAAUUUCGGCAAUUAAAAAUAAAGUCGAACAGCAUUGUAAAUGCAACUGCAACAUGGAAAAUGUUUAUAAACUAUAUGGUGUUCAUAUUCCAUGUAUUCAUAACAUCUUAGAUGUAAAACCGGCCGAUUUAGAAAAACCUAAAGCAUUUCAUAUUGGAAAAUUGGAAUUCAAUAGUUCGAAGAAUAUUCUAGUUUAUGAUGAUGAAGACAAUCCGAUAGGAAAGGGUGAUCGGAAAAUGAACAAUGCAAAAUUUCGGCUCGGAAAACAUUUACAACCAAAGUUGAGAACGAAAUUUACUUGUAUGAAGAACAAGUAA